AUGGCUACGAACUUUACGACCAAGGACCUGGCUCCCCGGCCCCUGCCGCAGAUGCCGGAAGACCCAGUGGAGGAGGCUGUGCCACUGCCAAGUCCCGGUGUGUUUGAGACAAGCGCGGAGCUCAUCCCGGGCCUUUCCGAGCCACGCGUGAAUGCGCGCUUCGCUCCGCCGCCGCACCCGGAGCUCACAGCUGAGUUGGGUCCGAUGAUCACGGCUGCUCCAGGUCCGAAGCCUCUGACACCGCCGGGACCUAGGCCGCUGUCUGGCGCGACUCCAGGGCCGCGCCCUCUCGGAACGCCGCAGGGGCAGCGUCCGGAGACUGGACCGGGUUCCAUGGGUCCCAUCCCUGGAACUGGUCCACCCGGUCCAUUGCCGGGUCCCCCGGGUCCUCGUCCGGGUUCUGCACCUGCGCCUGGCCCAAUGGCUGGUCCUUCUGGCCCUAAGACUGGACCUUCUGGUUUGAUGCCUGGACCUUCUGGCCCCAUGGCUGGUCCUUCUGGCCCUAGGACUGGACCUUCUGGUUUGAUGCCUGGACCUUCUGGCCCCAUGGCUGGUCCUUCUGGCCCUAAGACUGGACCUUCUGGUUUGAUGCCUGGACCUUCUGGCCCUAUGGCUGGUCCUUCUGGCCCUAUGUCUGGACCUUCUGGUUUGAUGCCUGGACCUUCUGGCCCCAUGGCUGGUCCUUCUGGCACGAAGACUGGACCUUCUGGUUUGACUAUGGCUGGACUGUCGGGCAUGCCUGGACCUUCAGGUCCUAUGGCUGGGCCUUCUGGCCCAUCUUUUGGGCCAGCUGUUGCCGGCACACCCCCCUCUCGCAGCUUCGAGAGCCAAGGGACCUCCUCUGAGAAGCUCAAGAAGAGGACUGCGAAAUCCGACGGCAAAUCCGAGUCUUCAUCCCUUCUGGCACCGAGAGCUACUGCCAGCGCAAGUCCAAGCGAAAGCCUCUUGGCAGUCGGCUAG